UUAGCCUUCUGCAUCGCCCGCCAGCGAUCCGACGAUCCGACGAAGAACGCCCUGAAAGCCCCGAACAAGAACUGGUCUCGUGCCUUUGAGAGACGGCAUCCCGAACUCAAAGCAAGGAGAGUAAGGCCCAUAGACUGGAAACGUCACGACAAGAACAUAUAUAAUAAGGUGUGGGAAUGGUUUGGCGUAAUCAGGAACGUACUAGAUGACCCGGCUGUUCUGCCAGAAAAUGUCUAUAAUAUGGACGAGACCGGCGUGAUGCUAAGCAUGCUAGGCUCUGUUAAGGUCCUGGUAGGUAAGGACGACUCAAGGGACUACAGAGGCGUAGGUAUUAAACGGACAAUGGUGACCGCUGUUGAGUGUAUAAGUGCCGACGGUAGGUCGCUGCUCCCACUGAUCAUUUGGCCCGCGUCGACUCACCGGGACAACUGGACAACGUAUGAGACACCUGGUUGGCACUACGGACAUUCGGAAAAUGGUUAUAACGACUCUAAAGUGAACCUAGAAUGGUUUAGGCGUGUCCUGGAAUUUUGCUUUCAGAACAAGAUUGUCUUGUGUCGUCUUCCUUCCCACACCUCUCACAAGCUUCAGCCCUGUGAUGUUGGGGUUUUCGCCCCCUUGAAGACAGCCUAUCGUGAUCAGGUUGAGCGUCUGUAUCGCAGAGGUGUAGAGACGGUUGAGAAGAGCCACUUCACAUCUCUCUACGAUCCCGCAAGGCGGACGGCGCUUACUAGGCGGAAUAUCAAAUCUGCAUGGGCAGCGAGCGGUCUGUUCCCUUUUAAUCCACAAAGGGUGCUUGAGGGCAUACCUAAGCCUGCAGUUGAACAGCCAGGACUAGAGGUAGUGCCGCCCUGUCCGCAAGAAGAAGUGUUAGAAUCGCCUGUAACACCAGUAACCCCAGUCACAACGGAUGCCCUUUCAUCGUUGCACAACUUAAUUAAGCAAGACACUUGUGGACUUGAUGAGCCAAGGAGACAGCGCCUAGAGAGACACGUAGAGAAGCUCGCAAGUGCUGCCCGGAUAUCCUUUGCCAAACAAACCCUUUUACAGGCUCAUAACGGACUCUUAAUUAAGCAUAACAACGAGUCCAAGGUUCGCCGAUCCACUAGGUCCGUAGUCCUUGGGAAGGCCAAAGUAAUGAGCUACGAGGAUCUUCAGGACGCCCGAGCGAAACGCGCGGAAAAAGAGAAAGCUAGUGUAGAUAAAUUGAAGGUAAGACGCGGUCGUAAGCGCAAGAGUGCCGCGCAAGAG